GGGAGAGAGAGGAGGGGACCACUGCCUCUAAAAUGAGUCUGUCUGGGGAGAGAGAGGAGAGAGGCACUGCCACUAAGAGGAAGUAUUCUGAGAGAGAGGAGGGGGCCACUGCCUCUAAAAAGAGUCUGACUCAAGACACCAGUUCUAAGAGUGUCCAGAAGCCCAGAGCAGAGUCACCUACACCCAGCCGGGAACCUCUGAGACGUGGCAAAAUGUCUGAACAACAGAUGAAAAGCUCUGACUACCAGUUGGACUAUGAAAACGUUCAGGAUUCAGUUGAGACGAUGGAGGGGAUUGUCAGCCAGGGUGCUGUAAUGUUCACACACAACCCUCUGGGUAUGAGGAGUCAAACUCUUCUGACAGUCCAACAAGACAUUAAGGCUAAACUGAAACACAAGUAUCAACACAUAUCUGAAGGAAUUGGACACCAUGGAAACCAAAGUCUGUUAAAGGACGUCUACACAGAGCUCUACAUCACAGAGGGUGGAAGUGGAGGGGUCAAUUAUGAACAUGAGGUGAGACAGAUAGAGAUGGCAUCCAAGAAACAAACCACACAAGAGACACCAAUCAAAUGCAACGACAUCUUCAAGCCUUUACCUGGACAAGACAAACCUAUCAGAACUGUGCUGACAAAAGGAAUCGCUGGCAUUGGAAAAACAGUCUCUGUGCAGAAGGUCAUCCUUGACUGGGCAGAGGGAAAAGCAAAUCAGGACGUUCAUUUCAUGUUUCCUCUUCCUUUCCGUGAUCUGAACCUGAAAAAGGACCAAUACAGUCUGAUGCAACUUCUUUCCCACUACUUCUCAGAGCUGAAAGAGAUUGACAGCAUUGAAGAUGGUGAAACCAAAACUGUUUUCAUUUUUGAUGGUCUGGAUGAGUGUCGACUUCCUCUAGACUUCAAAAACAAUGAGAGGUGCUGUGAUGUCACGAAGCCAACCUCAGUGGACGUGCUGCUGACAAACCUCAUCAAGGGGAAUCUGCUUCCCUCUGCUCUCCUCUGGAUAACCUCACGGCCUGCAGCAGCCAAUCAGAUCCCACCUGAAUGUGUUGACCAGGUGACAGAGGUACGAGGGUUCAAUGAUCCACAGAAGGAGGAGUACUUCAGGAAGAAAAUCACAGAUCAGAAUCUGGCCAAUGAAAUCAUCAAACACAUGAAGACAUCAAGGAGCCUCCACAUCAUGUGCCACAUGCCAGUCUUCUGUUGGAUAUCAGCCACUGUCCUUGAGAUGAUGCUGAAAGAGGCAGAGAAGGAUGAAGUCCCCAAAACUCUGACCCAGAUGUUCACACACUUCACGCGCAUCCAAAUAAUUGUGAAGAACAAGAAGUACAACAAAGCCACAGAGACAAACCCAAAGGAACUGUCUCAGUCAGACAAAGAGAUGAUCCUGAAACUGGCAGAGCUGGCUUUCCAACAGCUGCAGAAGGGCAACCUGAUCUUCUAUGAGGAGGACCUGAGAGAGUGUGGCCUUGAUGUCACAGAGGCAUCAGAGUACUCAGCAUUGUGUACAGAGAUCUUUAAAGAAGAAUCUGGGCUGAACCAAGAGAAGGUCUACAGCUUUGUGCAUCUGAGCAUUCAGGAGUUUCUAGCAGCAGUGCAUGCUUUAGAAUCAUGUCUGGACAAGAAGGAAAAUGUUUUCCCCCAUGAAGCAGUCACUAGUGGUUAUGAUGACUACGAUGAUGAUGAUGAUGAAGCGUUUUCAGUCAGUGAUGAUUAUUCCUCUGACGAUGACUCUGAUGAAGCAACCACUCCAACCCUACUCCAAAAUGUCAUCACACAACAGUACAGAGACAUGAAGUCAGACCCGUUGUAUGACUUACACAGGAGAGCAGUGGACCAGGCCUUGAAGAGUGAGAAUGGACACCUGGACCUGUUCCUCCGCUUCCUUCUGGGCCUCUCACUGGAGUCCAAUCAGAAUCUGUUACGAGGCCUUCUGACACAGACAGGAAGUACAACACAGAGCAAUGCGGAAACAGUCGAGAGAACAGUCAGGUACCUUUCAGACAAGAUCAAAAGGGAAUCCUCACCAGAAAGGAUCAUCAACUUGUUCCACUGUCUGAAUGAACUUGGUGCCAACUCUCUAGUUGAAGACAUGCAAACCUCCCUGCGAUCAGGAACUCUUUCAGUAACAAGACUAAAACCUGACCAAUGUUCAGCCCUGGCCUACCUGUUACUGAUGUCAGAGGAGGUGCUGGAGGAGUUUGACCUGAAGACAUACACCACAUCAGAGACAGGUUAUCAGAGGUUGCUGCCGGUAGUGAAAACCUGCAAGAGAGCACUACUGGAUCACUGUAAACUAACAUAUAAAUCCUGUGAGACUCUGGCUUCAGCUCUGCAGACACCAAACGGACUAACCAGUCCACUCUGCAACAUACAGACACUAGUUCUAGGUCAGUGUGGUCUGACAGAGGGUUGCUGUUCAGAUCUGGCCUCAGUCCUGAGUUCACCCAACUCACAACUGAAACAACUGGAGCUGAGAGACAAUGACCUGCAGGACUCAGGAGUUACACUGCUGUCUGCUGGACUGGAGGAUCCAGACUGUAAACUACACACACUGGGGCUGUCUGGCUGUCUGGUCACAGAGGAGGGCUGUGCUGCUCUGUCUUCAGCUCUGACGUCAAACCCCUCCCACCUGAAAGAGCUGGACCUGAGCUACAAUCACCCAGGAGACUCUGCAGGGGGACUGCUUUCAGCUGCUCUGGUGGAUCCCACAGAUAAACUGAUGAAGCUGAAUGUGGAUCAUGGUGGAGAGUUCAGGGUGAAACCAGGGCUGAGGAAAUAUGCCUGUCAUCUCACCCUGGACCCAAAUACAGCAAACCCAAACCUGAUACUGUCUGAGAGGAACAGGAAGGUGACACAGGUGGAGGAGAAGCAGCAUUAUGAAGACCAUCCAGACAGAUUUGACCAUCAUUACCAAGUUCUCUGCAGAGAAGGCUUAUCUGGAUCUCGUUAUUACUGGGAGGUGGAGAAGGAUGGUGACGGGGCUUACAUUGGUGUGGUGUACAAAGGAAUGCAGAGGAUGGGAAAGGAGAAGGACAGUUGGAUUGGAUACAGUAGGAAGUCCUGGUGUUUAUUAUGCUAUGACAGUGGAUAUGACUUGUACCAGUUUUACCAUGCUGGAGUCAGCAGAUCCAUCCCUGGUCCUGUUUCUAACAGAGUUGGAGUGUAUCUGGACUGGCCAGCUGGUACUUUGUCCUUCUAUAGUGUGUCCUCCUCUGGUACACUGACACACCUUUACACAGAACACACCACAUUCACUGAACCCCUCUAUCCUGGGUUUAGGUUUGUGGUUUCCUCCUCCUCAGUGACCCUGUGUCAGAUAGAUGACCAACACAUUCAAAGCAGAGACCAUGGUGGAGAGUGUUGUAUCAAGCCUGGACCUGAGAAAUGGAUUCCUCAGAGCUGUAAGACUUGUGACCAUGUUGAGUACUCCACACACUGGCUUCAGAUUGAACCGUUGACUUCCACUGUCCAGGAAGUGACAAUGUUCAGGCACAGGACACCCAAAGGGCGUUAUGAGUGCACAGUGUCUGGGCUCCGCUGGGUGUGUGAGAGAGAUGUCAUUCUGAAGUAUCACUUCAGGAACUGGGAACCCUACAGUCAACUUCUGAAAGACAUGCAGUACGGACAAGGUGGUCCAUUGCUGGACAUCACUAUGGAGUUAGGUGAACUGGAGGAAGUUCAUCUGCCACACUUUGUCUGUUUAGGGACCAACCAUUCCCUGAGGAAUGAGAUGAAGAUUCUUCAUGUAGAGGAACAUGGAGUGUCUGUUGAGGAAGUGCAUGAGGUCACCAGAUUCCAUGCUAAGAUUCUCCAUCCCAAGUUCUCAGCUAUCGCUGUUAUACUGAGCUAUAUAUUUUUUUGGAACGUAGCUGUCCACUGUGACGUGGUCCUCUAUAUGGCAGUAAAAAAGGCAACAGUAAUUUCACGGCUGUACAUGCUCCUCAGAAACUCCAGUCAGAAAGAGGCUGUUCGGGACCGGGAGAAACAUCAGGUGUCCCAAGGAUAUUCAGAAUUGGUGCUGUCAAGUCCAAACGGGUCCUUAAAGCUGAACAGUUGGUUUGCAGUCAAGAAUCCCCAUUCCUCCUCCAUCAAUCCAGAGAAGAUUCAGCUGUUACCUGCAGACACCACACCAAGCUGUUGUAAGAUGGUUAUGAGAAACACAGGGGUUGACAUUGAGAUGGAGUUAAUCGGGGAUGAUGAGAGGACAGUAUGGAGAGAUAUGGUACCAACAGAUGAAUACAUCCCUGAAACCCAUUCAACUAGUGCUGUGUUGGGGGCAGGGCGUCCGGCUGAGAGCAGUCUGACUGGUUCUACAGAGCAGCAGCUGCGUUCUGUACUGACAGAGUUUGUGAAACGCAGUGUCAGGACCUGUCCUGGAAG